AUGUUCCAAGACGAGCUGGCGAAGAAGGUCCGGCCCUUCAUAGACUUAAUAGAUGACAUGAGAUCCAUAGGGAUAGAGAAGGAACUACCACUGCCAACCAUUGCUGUGGUGGGAGACCAGAGUUCAGGAAAAAGCUCUGUGCUGGAGUCCCUUUCUGGGGUGGCGCUGCCCAGAGGGACUGGUAUUGUCACCAGAUGCCCACUGCUUCUUCAACUCUGUAAUGACAGGACAGUGAAAUGGGAGGCUGUCAUCUCAUAUGGAGGGCAAAACAUUCCAUUUAACGAACCUUCAGAAGUCGUGAGACACGUUGAACAAGCUCAGAAUGCGUUAGCUGGAAAGGGAGUGGGGAUAUGUGAAGACCUGAUCACUCUAAAGAUCACAUCCUCCACGGUGUGUGACCUCAGUCUGAUUGACUUACCAGGGAUCACCAGGGUGGCUGUGAAAGGACAACCAGAUGACAUUGGAGUCCAGAUCAAUAAUCUCAUUAUGAAAUUCAUAAAGAAUAAGAUAACCAUUAUUUUGGCGGUGGUACCAUGUAAUGUUGACAUAGCAACAACAGAGGCCCUGAAAAUGGCACAAGAAGUGGAUCCUGAAGGCACAAGAACUAUGGCCAUUCUAACAAAGCCAGACCUGAUAGACCCAGGAGAAGAGAAGAAUGUGUUGGAAAUUGUCCAGAAUAGUGUCAUGGAUCUCAAAAUGGGCUAUUUCAUUGUGAAAUGUCGUGGUCAGAAGAAAAUUGAUGAAAAUAUGUCCAUUACUGAUGCGAUUGAGGAGGAGUUGGAAUUCUUCAAAACUCAUGAGCACUUCAGAUCCCUCCUGCGUGAGGAGAAGGCAACCACCAAGUGCCUAGCCACCAAGCUCAGCAAUGCCCUGGUCAAACGCAUCAAGAAAUCCUUGCCCCAGAUGUCAGAAAAUAUAAAGGAAAAGUUGGGGAAGGUAAAGCAUUUAUUGAGUCAAAUAGAGGGCGGGCCUCCCAAGGAACCUGCAGAGAAGAGAAAGUACCUCAUUCAGGUCAUAACAGAGUUCAAUGAGCAGAUUACCCAACUGUCCAAAGGGGAUACUAUCAUUGAGGAAAAUCUCUUUGCGCUAAUGCGAAAGGAAUUUACAGAGUGGAUGGAAUGUCUGAAUAAUGCCAAAUCACAUUACCACAAAGUAGUGCAACAAGUGGUGGAUGAAUAUGAUCAGGAGCACAGGGGAAGCGAGCUGCCAGGAUUCAGUAACUACAGGGUAUUUCAAAAUGUUGUUCAGAAACUAGUGGCUGAACUUAAAAAACCAGCUAUGACGACACUACAGACAAUCAGAGAAAUGGUGCAGAAGGAAUUUGAUCAUUUGUCCAAAGAGAUCUUUAAGAAUUAUCCUUAUCUUCAAGAUGUCUCAAAGAAAAACAUUCAAACAAUCCAGGAAAAGCAGUCAAUCAUAGUGAAGGAGAGGAUCGUGGAGCAGUUUGAGAUGGAGAUACAGGUCUACACACAGGAUGAAAUCUUCAACAAACAUAUUCUAGAGGGGGAAACGGCAGACUACUCACACCCCUCACUCCUCUCAGAUCUCUCAGACGAGGACAGCUCAGACGAGGAUGAAACACAUGUUCUAGAGAAGGGGGAAAAAGCAGAAGGCUCAGAUCACGACACCAGGAGCAAGUACCCUGGGCUGCUCAAGGCAUACUAUGAGAUUGUGGUGCAAAGACUGGCUGACCAGGUGCCCAUGCUGAUCCGUUACUUCAUCCUGAAGCAGUCAGCCAAGAUUGUGUGCAGUGAAAUGCUGGAUCUGCUACACAGAGAUGACACUGAUAACAUCCUACAAGAGAAUUCAGAGAUCGCACAGUAUCGUGUAAAGUUGCAGGCCCAAGUGGAUCGCCUUGUACAGGCCAAUGGCAAGCUCAGCAGCCUCAGAGGGUGA